CACAAGUUAUAACAAAAAGUUACAAAGAAAACUUUGUUUGCAACCAAAUUUAAGAGAAAUGACAAGGUCUUCAUUUUCUUUUCUUAAAUUCUUGAUAUUCACAAUUUAUGUGACAAACUUGAGCUAUAUUUGGGCUCAUAAGCCCGAAACACUUUCAUGGGCCAAAACAUGCUCUUUUGGCCACGAGAAAAAAACUACCAUACAAUUCUACUACCAUGAAUUUGCAUUUGGUGAAAAUGCAACUGUUGCUUUAAUCGGUCAGGCCCAACCACCACAGCCCAACCCACCAUUCACAGCCUUCGGCAACUUGUUUAUGGUUGAUGGUAGACUCACUGUUGGCCCAGAUGUUAACUCUAAACUUAUAGGCCGGGCCCAAGGUUUCUUUGGGUCAGACUCCCAAACAGAGGUGGACUUUAUGUUGGGCAUAACUUAUAGCUUAACUGAUGGGAUCUAUAAUGGAAGUACUUUCACUACUUUGGGCCGAAACUCAUUUGUGAAUUCGAUUAGAGAACUACCGGUUAUUGGAGCGACCGGACUUUUUAGAAUGGCCCGCGGAUAUACUUUGGCCCGAAUUUAUCAUCUUGAUUUUACUACCGGAUAUCUCAUUGUUCAUUACAAUGUUACCUUAAUUCACUCUUAAAUUACCUUUAUGACCAUUAUAGAAACAUCCUUCAACAACGUUAUUUCAUUCUUUGAAAAAUUAACUCUAUUUCAUUACUUUAAAUGUUGUCCAAUUAUCUUGUGUGCAUGUGGCUUAUCCAAACACUAAUUAUGAUUUACGAUGAUAAUCGAUGUUGGUUCUUGCUAAUGCAAGAUAGCCCCAUUGACUUUGAUUUUAAUAAUGUAAUUAUGCCUUCUCAUGAUUAAGUUUGUUUAUAUCCUAAAUAAAGUUUUUGUUGAUGUAAUAAGUAUUGUAUAAUGAAGUGAUACGUACUUUUUCGUAGUA